AUAUAACGCAACUGUGAAUCAAAUGAAAUGAAAUUGUGUUUUCAAAUGCAAAUUAAACCCUAAUAAAUAAUAAUCCAUCCUAUAGUUCAAUUCUUUCUAACUCAAAAAUCGAACUACAUUUGCUACAUUUUCCUCUUCACUCUCUCUUUCUUUCCAAUGGCGCCAAAACGACGUUCCUUAAAGAAAGGUGAGAGACGAAUGGACGCAGCUCUCGACGCCAUGAUUCCUUACGGUUUCCCUAACAAACUCGUUCGUCGAACCGUUGAUCAAUUACUCAAAGUUUAUGGCGGUAACGAUGGUUGGGUCUUUAUUGAAGAUUCUGCUUAUACUCUUCUCAUCAACACUCUUCUUGAACAACAACAACAAGAGGAUCAGGAUCAGGAUGGUUUGAUAGAGGAUAAUCCAGGAAAUGCUGCUGGUUGCUCAAAAAGAACCCUUCUUCUACCUUGCACUAACACAGAAACUUCAGAUGAUGCACCAUUAGCUAAUCAGGCCCUUGACACUAUAUCAGCAGCCAGUGAAACUGGUAAUCAACUUCCUGUGGCUGUGGACAGUGCAACAGCUACAAGCAAAGCUGUUAUUGAACUUCCGAUCAAGCCUGUUGACACUUCAGCAGCCACCAGCCAACCUGUUAAUCAACUUUCCAUUAUGGCUGUGGACACUGCAACAAGCAAAACUGUUAAUAAACUUCCCCUUAAAGCUGUAGACACUGUAUCAGCAAUCAUGGAAAUUGACGACCAAGUUCCUAUCAAGGUUAUUAUAGACAGUGUAUCAGCAGAGAAUGAAUAUGAACCUCCUCAGACAAAGUCCCCACAACCUAUUGGGAAGCUUUGUCACAAGAGGCGUAGACCUUGCCAUGGUUGGCUUUCUAGUGAUGAUGAAGAAGAAGAAGAGGAGGAUCUAAUAGAACUAUCUGCAUUGCAUAAGCUCGUGAAUGGGGUCAAUUAGUGGGAACAGAGCAGGAUAUUACAUGUAAGUAGUGUAAGAGAAGUAUCAGAUUAGCUCCAAGGUUUGAAAAAUGCGUUUAAUGUGUUAAUAUGUGGAAACAUGUGCUAGUGCUACAUGGCCUAAACAGUGUGUCUAUAAUACACUGCUUACUAAUACUAGGCUGUUCAUCAGACCAUCGUAUGGAUCAAUACUUUGUGUUGGAGAGUGAAAUUUAACUACUAAACUUUUUAGUUUUCUUAAUUAUAAAACUUAUUUUGUUAA